CACUGUGGCCAAGGAACCGGGUAUCUCAGUGACAUGGGGGAGAGGGGAGGAUGUUUCUCCGUCACCCCAACCCCCUAUGUCUGUGGUGAAGUCCAUUGAAUUAGUGCUGCCCAAGGAUGCGGUCUACCUGGCCGGCUCCAGCAUAAAAGGGCAGGUGGUUCUAACUCUGAACAGCACCCUGGUGGACCCCAUCGUGAAGGUGGAGCUCGUGGGAAGAGGUUAUGUGGAGUGGAAUGAAGAAAUUGGGGCAUCCCGCGAUUACAGCCGAGAUGUUAUUUGCAACAACAAGGCUGACUAUGUGCACAAGACAAAGACAUUCCCAGUGGAGGAUAAUUGGUUAAGUGCAGGCAGCCGCACCUUUGACUUCCAUUUCAACUUACCUGCCAGGCUCCCUUCUACCUUCACCAGCAAAAGUGGCCAUGUCUUUUACUUCGUGCAGGCCUCCUGCAUGGGUCGGGAGCACAUUCUAGCCAAGAAGAGAAGGUACUUGUUGGUUCAAGGGACUUCUUCGGAUUUCCACGCAGAAAACCCAUUGCAGAAUCCUCUGGUCGUGGAGGCCAAGAAAAAGAUCUACUACAAUUGCUGCAGACAGGGCACCAUCUGCCUGCAGAUCCAGAUGGAAAAGAACAUCUUCACGCCAGGGGAGAGGGUCAUUUUCACCACGGAAAUCAACAACCAGACCAGCAAGCGCAUCAAGACGGUCAUCUUUGCCCUCUACGCCCACGUGCAGUACGAGGGCUUCACACCCAAUGCAGAGCGACACUCAAGGGUGGACAGCAGUGAGCUGCUUCGGCAGGAGGCCAACACCCAAAUCACACCCUUCAACACCACCAAGAUCGUCAGCACUUUCUACCUCCCGCCCGUGCUGUCCGUGAGCUGCGGCACACGGGACAGCGAGAUCAUGAACACCUACUACGAACUGGUCAGCACCGUCCACCUGCCCUGGUCCCUGACCAGUGUCAAGGUCAAGGUGCCCAUCAUUAUCACCAGAGCCCCCGUGGACUCAGACAGCUGCGGGCUGCUGGACGGGAGCAGUGUUAUCGUGAGCCUGGAUCAUCAGAAUUAAAUGCCCAAACGUCUAAAUAUUUCAAGUUUUAUCAAACUCUAA